AUGCACCGCGGCCGUAGCCAGCGGGCGAAGAGAAUCGAUGAGGAAAGCUUCGCGGGGAGAAGAGUGUCGCUACUGUCAGGUGCGUCAGCGGGGAUUGGGGAAAGUACUGCCCUGCAUUUUGCUUCCCUUGGCUGCGCGCUUUCUCUCAUGGCAAGGAAGAAAGCGCCACUUGAUAACGUUGCCAAGGCGUGUUGUGAAAAUGGGCUUCCAAACGACAAGGUACUCGUUGUACCCGGAGACAUAUCAGUCGACGAGGAUGCCGCCGCUGUUGUGGAGAAGACCGUGAGGCACUUCGGAAAACUUGAUAUUCUAGUAAACAACGCUGCAUUAAGGGUGGAAGGAUACACAGACACUGCAACGUUGGAGCAGUUUGACAGAGCUUGGAAUGUCAACCUUCGUGGUACGCUUUGUAUGAUUCGGAACGCUAUUCCCCAUUUGCGUCAAAGCAAAGGCACCAUUAUCAACAUUUCCAGCGCCUCGUCGUCAACAGUGGAUGGAGUCAAGCACUACAUACCGCUGGACAUCCACGACACCUCCAUAAUUCACCCUCUCCCGACCAACAUGCACCUCGACCACAAAGGCUCAGCAACUCGGCAGUAG